CUACCUCCACCAGUGUACACACGUACGGAGAAGCACUGCCACACUCAGUCACUCACCCCUCACCAGCCUCGCCACCCGCUAUAGAAGAGGAAAGGACGAUUUAAUAUUAGUUUAUAAGUACCCCAAAGGACAUUGCUCAGUCAAAUGCACACGCCCAGGUACAUUCAAGCGCCAGUGCAUGCUCGGUACAGUACAGUACCUGCUAAGAGUGUGUAACAAAGUACUGACCAACCGCUCGAUCGGCUAGGAAGCUGACAUGUGGCGAACAGGGUAAAGAAAGUAAGUCAACCAAUCAGAAAUCGGUGUAACACGUGUGAGACUAUCAACAUAUUUCUGUGCCCAACGUCACCUGAACCUGAACGUAUCUUACGUACUCGUAGUAGGAAGUUGGGUGAGUUGUGAUGACUUCAACCGUUGACGGUGACCAUGACGCUAUACCUCCUCCAGUUGCUGCUGCUGCUGCUACACCUGGUAGCCUCCCGCACCCUGCAUCACCACCCUACUCCUGGUCACACUUUCACCACAACUAUAUCUGAUAAUUUUGAACAUUUUACUGCCACUGGCAGUGAUAAUUACACCUCCCUAACGGAUAGCCGUCCAGCCCUUAACUUGGAACUUAUGUCUACAGUACAAGCCAUGUCGUCCACCAAAGGAUAUGUAGAAAGCACGAGGAAGCAUUUGUCGUCUAACCAACGCCAGGGAAAAUCAUUCAGGGACCUCAGUAACCUAUUUACUGAAUCAAACUCCGGAAGCCAUGCAGUGAUCCCUGACCUGUGUACAAACAAGCGGAUGGUUUUAGAAAAUUUUGAGACAAAAGUCAAACGUUUGUUGGACAAGGCUUUUGCAUUUAAUUCGGAUGGUAAAAUUUUAUACAAUUCAUAUAGUGUUUACCUACCACCCAAGAUCCUCCCAACUGAAGAGGUGCAUCAGAACAAGAACAUACCACAAGAGCGUACUGGUAUGAACCAUCACCCUACUCAUACCUUCCUUGACUCAGACAAACAUGAACGAGUAAAACCUUACAUGCAGUAUGAACAAAUGGAUUUAUCGGACCAUAAAAUGUUAACAGACUUCAUUCUACGGGGUUCGAGUCCCACAACAGAACAAAGGCCUGCUGCCCCUGAGGCGUGGUUUUCACGUCCUUGGUGGGCCCAGCCCUCCAACACUCCACAUUCUCGGGUUCCCCGUGAUGGCUGUGGGGGAUCUUUUAUUGCUUUCCCUUUCUUGGUGUUUCUAAUUGGUACCUUUUCCUCCUUCGUCAGCAUCAUCAAUAUCAGUAACAAUAAUAAUAACAAUAAUAAUAACAACAACAAUAAUAACAAUAACAAUAAUAACGACAAUGGGAGAAGUUUAUCGAAAAAUGAAAAAUGGUUGUCAUUCAGCCACUUCAUUGAAGGUAAUGUUACAAGCAAACCGGAGCCAUCUGAAAUGCGCACGUUACUGGUGACCCCUGCUGACCAAACGACGUUCUCUACAACUGCAACUGACCACACGCACCCUUCUCAGCGUAAUCCAAGAUCAUUCAACGACAACAUGGCACUUGAUGUGCAUGGACUUGGUGAAAAGUUAAAAAAUGCUUGCCAAUUUCUUCGCUCUUCGGCCAAAAUGAUGUGGGGUAGUCUUAACAGUUCUCUCGACCACAACACACAGAGUUACUUGUACGUCUUAUUAGAAGAUACUACCUAGAGUUGUGUACUGAUUACCUAAACUUCAGUUUAAAAACGUUUAUCAUCAUGUGUAGACUACUAAGUGUACAGUAUUAACAUUUGGAUUUUAUAAUAUACAGUAUUCUCAAUGCAAUAUCACGUAAAAGUGUACUAAAUUAUAUAAUGGAAAGGUCUACCAGUCCAACUUUGGAAUCAGAAUGAAUGUAGGACAUUUGGGUCACGGGACGUUUCGUUUGGGUCAGGGUGGUUAGGACCUAAUAUAACUUAACAUAAUAUAACAUAACCUAAAUGUGGCCCAUACGUCCGCUAACCCCUAAAAAUAGCCCAUAGAGCAGUGGUUCUCAACCUUGUUUGCCCCAUGCACCCCUUUCACCAUAUGUCAGAAUGUCAUUUCCCCCUCCUU